CACCACCACUUCGGUAUUUCGGUCGAUGAUCUGCGACAAACGCGGGGACGCGGGGUGAAGAAGGGAAAUCAGGAUUGUGGAGAUCGGGAAAAUAGAAAGGACUAAUUAAAAGACCCUUUCUUGGCUGAGAGGGAAAAUAUGGUACUCGUGUUAUCAAUUCACCGAGCUAGGUCGUCUGUUGCGAGCAUAACUUGGCAUCCUACUUGCGAUACUUAUAUACCAUGAGCCCCCUCCCUUGCUGCCACACGCAGGAUAACCCGCCAGUGGUCAUGAGAUGAGGAUCCAUGUUGUUGUAGCAGCUUUUGCUGCCGUGCAGAUCGGUUUCUGCAACAUCCUCUUCGACGGUGGUCCUGGCCUCCUCCAGCUUGCUGGUAGGAAUGCGGAACCGGUGCAGCUUCUGUGCGCAGAGAAUGAGUACGACGGUGUCUCUCGCGCAGCUGGCGACCUUGCGCUGGACUUUGGCAGAGUAGUUGGAGUCAACGGAACGCUGAGCCAAGGGGGCAAUGUGUCCAGCCCUGACAACGACGCCCUGAUAAUCAUCGGCACCCUUGGUCAUUCAACCAUAAUCGACCAGCUCGUGGAACAAGGGACUCUGAACGUCAGCGAGAUUGAAGGUCAUUGGGAAUCGUAUAUUCAGCAAGUGGUCAAGGAUCCGAUUCAGGGCGUCUCCAAUGCCCUGGUUAUCGCGGGGAGCGACAAGCGUGGGUCUAUCUAUGGAGUAUAUGAUAUCUCCAAGACAAUCGGCGUGUCACCUUGGUAUUUCUGGGCCAGCAUUCCCUCCAACGCUAGAUAUGCUGUAUUUGUGGAUCCCGAACGAGUGAAGGUGCAGACCUCUCCUUCCGUCAAGUACCGGGGCAUCUUCAUCAACGAUGAGUGGGAUUUGAUGUCCUGGGCGGAGGAUAAGUUUCCUCAGAGCUCUCACAGUGAUACCCACUUCACGCACGAGUUCUACAGUCUCGUCUUUGAACUCCUGCUGCGCCUGCGGGCUAACUACCUAUGGCCGGCGAUGAAAGGGGAUGCUGCCUUCUAUGCAGAUGAUCCGCUCAACGGCCAGUUGGCCGAUCGUUAUGGCAUUAUCAUGGGAACCAGUCACCAUGAACCUAUGGCACGGGCGUACAAUGAGCAGAGCGAAAUCAGUGGUCCCUGGGACUGGUCUGAGAAUAGCCAAGAGAUUACCAAGUUCAUGAAGUCCGGAGUUGAACGAGCCAAGGGUUGGGAAACCAUGUGGACUAUGGGUAUGCGCGGGGAUGGCGAUCGCGAGUCUCCGACCUUGACUGCCCCUCAGCUAGAGGAGGUGAUUCAAAUCCAACAGGAAAUGCUCGUUGAGGCUACGGGGAAGGAGGUCGAUGAGAUCCCACAGGCAUGGAUGCUGUACAAGGAAGUUGGUAAAUACUGGCAGGCUGGCAUGAACAUUUCGGAACACGUCACAUUAAUGUGGACUGACGAUAAUUUCGGAAAUCUAAACCGCAUUCCUCUCGCAAAUGAGACUGAUCGCAUCGGCGGCCACGGAAUCUACUACCACUUUGGAUACGUGGGUGAGCCGCGCAGCUAUGAGUGGAUCAGUACAAUCCAGAUGGUCAAAACGUGGGAGCAAAUGCACCUAGCAUAUGAGAAAGGCGCGAGGAGUAUUUGGGUCACGAAUGUUCAAGAUAUAAAACCACACGCACUAUCGAUCCAGCACUUCUUGGAUAUGGCAUACGACAUGAGCCAUUUCCAGGAUCCAGGAUCCACGACCGAGUGGCUUCGAAGAUGGGCGAUUGAAAACUUUGGUGCCUCCGAUGAGAUAGCCGUCGCCGUCGGUGAUAUUGUUAAUAUGUACGGCCGUCUUGUGUUGCGGCGGAAGUACGAGACCCUCAACAUUUUACCGUUUGCCUUCAGCACUCUCAAUUACGAUGAGGCCGAGAGUGUGCUACGGGAGUGGCAGGACUUAGCAACACUGGCAUGGCAGACACAUGAUGCACUUGACCCGCAGGUGCAGGAUGCAUUCUGGCUCCUCUUCGUCUACCCGGCGGAGGCUGGCAAGCACGUCUUCGAGGUGUACAUUUCCGCGGCGUACGGCUUUGUCUACCGAGCACAGGGCCGGGCAAGCACAAAUCAAAAAUCGUUGCAGGCGAUGGCGGCCUUCGUGGCGGACAAUGUCACCGAAAAUGCGUAUAACACCCGUUUCAACGGGCAGUGGGAUCAUUUUGUCCAGCAUGCCCGCAUGGGCUACGAGGGUAUUCACGCUCCUGGGGAUCCUUACGGCCCCAACUAUCUCCCUCCGCUAGCAUGGCAUAAUUGUGACUCGAUUAAGCACAACAAGAAUGUCGGUGUGGCUGUAUCUGGACUCAAUAGCUCUUCUAUCUUCACAGACGAAGCUCUGAUCCUGCCAGUAAUUGACCAGUCUCCACCAUCGAGAAGUAGACCUUACAUUGACGUAUUUGCGGCUGUGAAUGGGUCGUUCCCAUAUGUCGUGACGAGCAAUAGCUCCUUCGUCAAGCUUGAUCCUUCGUCAGGAAUUUUGACUUCCCCGGGCAAAGAAAGUGACAUCCGUGUAGCUCUCGCAGUGGAUUGGAAGACAGCACCGGAAGAGCCGACAUGGGUGGCAUUGGAUGUCAGUAGUGAAAGCAGCACUGUAGCUGAAGUCCUGGUCCUUGUUAGCAAGACGACCGUCCCCUCCAAUUUCACUGGGUGGGUUGAGGCAAACGGUGUUGUCUCAAUCAACCCUGCGCGUUGGUCCCACGCGGAGACCACUGAAGGUGUUUCUUACGUCGAGCUGCCAUGGUACGGCAAAACAGCAUCUGGCGUCAAGCUCUGGCCUGUCACAGUAGACUCUCAGGACAUUUCGAGCGGUCCGAAGCUACAGUACAACUUCUUCGUCUUCUCCGACGUCGAUGACGCAUUAUUGAUUAUCUACCUGGGUGGCUCCCUAGACCAUGACCCGACACGGCCGCUGAAGCUGGGCUAUGCACUUGGCUCAGACACAGCGAAAGAAGUGCGUUUGUUCGAGGAUUACCCUGCUGGUGGUCAUCCUGCAGACUGGAGCCCUUCAGUUGUAAACGGUGGCUGGAAUGUUACCGUGGAUAUCAGUGUGAGCAAGGGAGCAAAUUCCUUGAACCUCUGGCUCUUGGAGCCCGGGGUUGUCGUUGAGAAGAUUGUAAUGGACCUUGGAGGUAUGAAAGAGAGCUUUUUAGGACCCCCAGAGAGCCUUUAUAUUUCAUGAAGAUAGAUGAUUAUAAAACCUAACCCGCAGGCCCGCCAGGACCGUGUUAUAGGGUUAGAUCUAACGUCGGCCAUAUACCACGCGAGUAAAUGUCUAACGGAAAAACGAGUCCAAGCGAGCUGGAUCCUGAUUCCUGGGUCGGUAGCUCACCCAAGCGAGUCGCUCGGCUGUAUUCCAUACGAAACAGCACCUUUUUAAUCCUUAAUAGAUCUGAAAUAAAGAAUAUAGACUCUAAAUAUA